CGCUUUCCGUAGCUACUUGUAAACACGGAAGUAACCGUACAUCGAUUCCAAUGAGCGCUAAAAUAAGCUAGCGCUGACAAAAACAAGUGUUUUGGUAGUUGUUCCAUUGUUUUGUUAGGUGCUAAAUUUCACUAAAUAAACGUCUGAUUAAAAAAAAAAAGAAAAUCUAAACAAUAUUUAUCUUUUUAGGCACGUCAUGCGUUGAGCACGAUUUAAAGCUAAGUGCUAGCUGUUAUAUUAUUAGCGUUGCGUUUGGAAGUAAUGGCAGGUGAAAAAGUGAAAACGUUCAAGUUUAUCAUCGUGGGAGGAGGCAUUGCGGGUGUGACAUGUGCGGAGCAGUUGUCGCCCGAGUUCCCCUCGGCAGACGUAGCUCUGAUUACAGCAGGUCUCCACAUUAAGACAGUGACCAACUAUAAGCAGGUGUCCAAAACGAUUGAAGAGUUUGAUGUGGAGGAGAGACCGUCCAGCGUCCUGGAGGAGAAGUUUCCCAACCUGACUGUCAUCCACUCCGCUGUCAGAUCCAUUCACGCACACUCACAUUGUGUAGAAACAUUAGAUGGUCGUGUUUUUGGUUACGAGAAGCUGUGUUUGUGCAGCGGGGCCAGACCAAAGCUCCUGGCCCAGGACAACCCUUUCGUGCUGGGGAUCCGGGACACAGACAGCGCCCAGGAGUUUCAGAAGCGAUUGUCCAAAGCAAAGAGAAUUGUUGUUGUUGGAAAUGGAGGGAUCGCCUUAGAAUUAGUGUAUGAGGUGGAGGGCUGUGAGGUGGUCUGGGCGGUGAAGGACAAGGCCAUCGGGAACACUUUCUUUGACGCUGGAGCGGCGCAGUUCCUCGUCCCAUCGCUCGAGGCUGACAAACCAAAGGCAGAUGUUCCUUGUCGGAGACCUCGCUACACCACGGAGGAACCAGCACCCGGAGCGGCUCAGACCUUCACUGCAGAUGGAUCGUCCCGUGGGCAGAGUUCUGGUUCUGUAGAACCCGGCAGCGCUCUUGGUCCGGACUGGCAUCGGGGAGUAGAGCUACGAGGAGCAGAGCAGGCGUCCCGCAGGGUCUCGGUGGAGUAUCAGUGUGAAGUGGACCAGAUCUUUAGCUUUGAGGAGCGUCUCCGCUCCCCACAGCAAACACUAAACCCGGAGAGUGACGGAUCCUGGCCCGUUUACGUCCAGCUCACCAACGGGAAGACGUUUGGCUGUGAUUUCGUUGUCAGCGCCACCGGCGUCGUACCCAACACAGAGCCAUUUCUCCACGGCAACAACUUCGCGGUGGCCUCCGACGGCGGCCUGCAGGUGGACGACCACAUGAGGACGUCGGAGCCCGACGUGUUCGCUGCAGGAGACGUGUGCACUGCAUGCUGGGAGCACAGCCCCCUGUGGCAGCAGAUGCGUCUGUGGACCCAGGCCCGUCAGAUGGGUUGGUACGCGGCCCGCUGCAUGGCGGCCGACGUCCUCUCUGAAGCCACGGAGCUGGAUUUCUGCUUCGAGCUCUUCUCGCACGUCACCAAGUUCUUUAACUACAAGGUUGUUCUGCUGGGGAAGUUUAACGCUCAGGGUCUGAGGUCCGAUCACGAGCUGCUGGUCCGCUGCACCAAGGGCCGCGAGUACGUCAAGGUGGUCCUCAGCAGAGGCAGGAUGGUGGGAGCCGUGCUGAUCGGAGACACGGACCUGGAGGAAACCUUUGAGAACCUCAUCCUGAACCAAAUGGACCUGACGCCGUACGGAGAGGAGCUGCUCAACCCAAACAUCGACAUAGAGGACUACUUUGAUUAAGUUCAGCUGACGUUUGCUGCUCGGAGCCACGGAGAAACUCAUCGUUUCAGUACUUUUUAACUUAUCAAAGCUUAUUUUAGGAGGGAGGAACCAGCCGUGGAAAAAGACGAACGCUGGUUCUUGUUUGCUUUCCAAAUAAAUUAUUUUCAGAAUAACUUGCUGCUGGAUUUGAAAAGAGUAAACCUGGUGUCAUCCUGUGGUAAUUUGCUCCAGUUAGAGGAAUUACGGUCGCUGGUGCUGGAAAUAUGCGCAGAAAUCUGAUCGACUGAACGUGUCGGAGGUGAGCCUGAAGUCCUGCUGCCACGUGGGGCUCAUCAGAGCAUGACGGGGUUAAAUAACUGCACUUUUAUUGUUUUAACUUCUUUUCACAGCAACGCAGUUAAAAUCAACUGAACUAGUUUUGUAUUAAACUCCCUAAAAGUCAGUUCCACUUCCAG